UUGUGUGCGCUGGCACUUACUGUCUGUGGCUCCGCCUCAAUGUGGUAAUAUAAAUCUGUCAGUUUGAUACUUCUGCCACAGAUUUAUCCUCAACCAACUAGAGAGCUUUGAGAAAGGUACGUAACCUUUGUUACUCCUAGACUUUGUAAUUUUUACGUGAGAUUCCUCCAACAAGGCUGUUAAAAUGAAAUAUGACAAAAAUUGAAUUGGGUAUAGAGUGUAGGGUAUUGAUUUGAAUAAUAGAGCAAAUAGCCUUAUUAAAAUGAAUUAUGUAAGAUAAACAGCUUUGUUUCAGAGAGCAUGCUGAUGUUGUGGGUCAAUAAUUAUUUUUAAAAAGAAAACACAGCUGGUCAAACUAAAAAGCUUUUUUGGUCACCAAAAUAUGUUCCUCGUUUACGUGUCUAAAGAGAUUUAAAAGUUUAUUAGAAUAAAAUAGAAAAGAUCUAACAGUUACUGUGAGCAAGUUUAAAUGUUUUGUUGACAUCCACAAACUUCAGUUGCAGUUCAUCAACAAGUGUUUCUAAAUAAUAUUCAAAUGUACAUUUCGCAUCAAGCCCCAUGACAAGAAAGCCUAUUUGUAUUCUGCAACCUAGCCAAUAUUGUAUAUUAUUGUAAUCUUUAUCAUUGGAUCUGGAGAAUUGCAUGAAUUCUGUUUUAUUUGAAAUACUUUCAUCACUUCAAAUCAUUUUGUUCAGUUCAUUUCAAAGAUGUGUCCUCAUUGAUUCAUUCAUAAAUGCAUUGAAAACUAAGUAUUAUUUUAAGAUUAAUAAGUAGGCCUACACGUCCCAUGAAAAAUUGAACAUCUAUGUAAGGGGGAAAAGGAAAAAGUUCAUAUUAUGAAUGAAUGAAUGAAUGAAUGAAUGAAUGAAGGUUUAUUCGGUUACUAAACACUAAACAUAUUAAUGUUGCUAUUGCAUUUCUCAAGACAGUGAUGGAGAUGAAUACUACCCCUUCCUAUCACAUCACUACAACAGACGUAUCUAGAAAAAAUGGCUCUAUGUUUAUCGACCAGUACGCUGAGCUGAGACAGUCUCUUAACAUCAUGUCUCUCAUUGUUUACUGCCUGGCCUUUGUUCUUGGUGUGCUCGGUAAUGGAGUGGUUAUCUGGGUGACCGGGUUCAUGAUGAAGAAAACAGUUAACACAGUUUGGUUCCUCAACCUCGCUGUGGCCGACUUCCUCUUCACAGCAUUUUUGCCCCUGAGUGUGACGUACCUGGCUACGGACUUCCACUGUUCUUUCGGCAACUUCAUGUGCAAACUCAACAGCACUAUAAGUUUUCUGAACAUGUUUGCCAGUGUCUACAGUCUGGUGGUGAUCAGUGUGGACAGAUGUGUGUCUGUGGUGUGGCCCGUCUGGACCCGGAACCAUCGAAAUGUACGCAAGGCGUCCUUUGUGAGUCUGGGUGUUUGGGUUCUGGCUCUGAUUCUCAGCGCUCCACACUUCACCUUCAGGGACACUGGGCCAUCACAUGACAAUAUCGACAUCAUCAACUGCUUCAACAACUUUGCUUUAUCUGAUGACUAUGAAACACCGUCUGUGAAGCAGCUGCGACAGUUUUGUUCAGAAAUGAAAUUUCAUUGACUUUCUUCAUAAUAUUAAUUGACCAGCAGAGGGAACUGUUUUACAUAUUUAAGUAUAGACCAGUUCCAAAGGGGUUCUCCAUGCAACAUCCAGUAAUAAUGUGCUGCAGAAUGAGGAGCAUCUCAGACCAGGGACCGCCAACUUUAGAGAGAAAUAAAAAGACUGCAGCACACUGAUUAAUGUUCAGCCAUUAAUAGUGUAAACUGAUUUGUUUCAUUGUCUGUGCUAUUAAAGGUUAAAAAUCAUUUAGCACAGGGUGACAUCUAGCUCACCCAGUAAGAGCGUGCUCCCCGUGUAGGCUCAGUCCGUUGCAGCGGUCUGGGUUUGAGUCCGAUGUGCGGCCCUUUGCUGCGUGUCAUCCCCAAUCUCUCUCCCACCUUUCCUGUCUAUCCACUGUCACUAAUAAAGGGAAAAAAUAAAUAAUCACUUAGUGUGUUUCAGUCUUUUUUUCUUCCUUCAUGAGUAUAUUAUAGUCAAUUGCGUGAGUACCUCCUUAGUCAAUGAUUAUUUUUUCUUUGAAUAUUUUAAGGUUUUUUGUGCCAAAGUGAAUUAUUACCAGUAGCUUUUAUAUUCCUGAAUAGAUGUUGUUCUGAUAAUCUUAAUGGGAUAACCUAUGAUGAAUUUGUUUAUUUUAUUAAUAAAAUAGUUUGGACAGUUUGUGGAAAAAACAUUUAGAUCCUCCUGUAUAUUUUCACAAUUUAAUU